GAAAAUGGCCAUCGUUAAUGCGUCAUUGGGCUGCCGUGGAGAAACAGUUGCCGCCCCAUCAGAACUGGAAACAACGCGAGCACCUCGCCCGACGUGUUCACCAAGUCGCUAUGCUGCUGCUGUCCCUUUCCUUGAUGGAGCAUCUGCUUAGCAUCAUUGCCUUUGUGUAUCAUGAUUUGUGUCCGUCUCGCAGGGAUCCCAUCGAUUCGUAUUUGUUUGCCACUGGACCGCAGCUUUUCCAUUUGUUUGCCUACUCCAAUUGGUUGGGCUGGCUGGGCAAGCUGCAGAAUGUGCUGCUCACGUUCAGCUGGAGCUAUAUGGAUAUAUUCCUCAUGCUGCUGGGCAUUGGUCUAAAUGAUUUGCUCACUCGACUCACGUGCCAUCUGCAGCAUGCCGUACAACAGCCCAUGCCUGAGGAAUUUUGGACGCACACACGCAAACGUUAUCGCUCCAUUGUGGAGCUCAUCUAUGAGGUGGACGACGCCGUCUCGGUCCUCAUCAUAGUCUCCUUUGGCAGCAAUUUGUAUUUUGUCUGCCUGCAGCUGCUCAAGAGCAUAAAGUGAGUAAUAAA